CCCCGCCCCGUGACCUUUGUUGGCGCCGAUGGCUUUCCUUAGUGUCCGGAGCUAACCAAUGCAGCUAGCGUGGCUGAAUCGGAGGUUUGAUUCCUUUUGGCAUUUACAGGCUUUGUAUGGAAAAACUUACAGUUGGAAAUGGCAUCAGCAGAGACUCGAGAUGUACAGGGCAUUGUACGACAAGAGUUCAUAUCCAGGCUCUUUAUGAAAUUGGAGGCAGCCCUCGCAAGAACUCCUCUGGACACAGAUUUCUUGGAAUUUACAUGUCGUCAGGAGCUGUACCUCUGGGAUGCACUUUAUAGACUUGUAGAUAUCCCACCAGAAAUCAGGCAGGCUUUACAAGAUUUAAUGGGAUCUGUUAUUGAACAUAAUAAACAGGUUCAAGAAGCGGAAAAUAGCAGUGCUGUGGACACUGUCUCUGGAGAAAUGGGUCGUCCGAGAUAUUAUAUUGAGGAGGAAAGACUGAAAGAACUUUUAGAUAUGAACUUGUCUGUUGCCUGCAUUUCAAGAUUACUUGGCGUUUCAGCAAGAACCAUUGAAAGAAGGAUGAACGAGUUUGGUUUAUCUGUCAGGCAGAGGUACAGCCAGAUUUCUGACGACGAACUUGAUGAGGCAAUCCAACGCAUAAAGACUGAAAUGCCCACUGCAGGUUAUCGCAUGGUGAAGGGGAGACUAUUGUCCAUGAGAAUCAAUGUGCAGUGGCGAAGAUUGACCGCCUCAAUGCAUCGAGUGGAUUCACUCGGGAUUUUGUGCAGACUGACUGGAUUGGGUUGUAUAGUAAGAAGAACUUAUUCUGUCAGAGGACCGCUGUCACUGUGGCACGUGGACACAAACCACAAACUUAUCAGGUUCAACAUUGUCAUUUUUGGAGCUGUUGAUGGGUACUCCAGGAAGAUUGUGUGUUUGGAAGCUGCAACAAACAAUCGUGCUGCAACUGCUUUUGCUGUCUUUAAAAGGGCUACUGACCAGCAUGGCAUACCCUCAAGGGUUAGAGGCGACCAAGGAGUGGAGAAUGUCGACAUUGCUCGGUUUAUGUUUACUGUGCGUGGGACUGAUAAGGGAAGCUUUAUAUCAGGAAAAAGUGUGCACAAUCAAAGAAUCGAACGUUUAUGGCGGGACAUCAGGAUGUGUGUAACUUCAAGUUACUACAACACACUCCACAGCUUGGAGGCAGAAGACCUUCUUGAUAUAUCAUCUCAAGAUCUUUUUUCUGUCCACCAAACAUUCCUUCCACAGCUUAACAUGGAUCUCCAGGCAUUUGUUGAAGGUUGGAACAACCACCCUCUGCGUACAGAGAGGAACAGAACUCCAGAGCAGAUGUGGUACUUAGGACUGAUGUCAAAUCCAGUAAACCAGCCAGAAAGUCUUCAGGAUUUCCAAGAGCCAGACAUCGACUGGGAUGUUGCAGCUGAGUACAGCCCAGAUGUGGACGGUGCUGUUGUGGUCCCGGAGUUCGACAGUCCCCUCACUGAAGAGCAGCAUGCUGAACUGCAGCUGCUACUGGCACAAAAUUGGGAGCAUUCAAACACGAAGGAACUUUAUUUAUUGUGCAGAGAAUAUGUUAAUGCUGUUUUGUCGGAUUAAUGUGUACUUAAAAUAAAAAUCAAGAGAUCA